GUUUCUUGACACACCCUCUUCAUUCUCAGCGCUGCUCCUCCAUUGCUUGCUUCUCCGAGGUGGAAGAUGAACAAGGACAAGGUCUUCAAGCUCGCCAAGGGAUUCCGAGGAAGGGCAAAGAAUUGCAUAAGGAUCGCCAGGGAACGGGUGGAGAAGGCCUUGCAGUACUCCUACCGCGAUCGUCGCACCAAGAAGCGCGACAUGCGCUCCCUCUGGAUCGAGCGCAUCAACGCCGGCACUCGCCUCCAUGGGGUGAAUUAUGGAAACUUCAUGCAUGGUUUAUUAAAGGAGAACAUCCAACUGAAUCGGAAGGUACUGUCAGAACUGUCAAUGCACGAACCAUACAGCUUUAAGGCUCUUGUUGACAUUUCUAGGAAUUCAUUUCCUGGAAAUAAGGUGCCCAAAAAGGAGGGCAUAUCCAAUAUGGUUUAGCAUUUCCUUGUUUUUCAGAAUUUUAGGAGCAGCUUGUUAUCUGAACUUUUGGUGAGAUGAAUGCUGUAAUUUUGAUCGGUCUAUACUUCAUGGUCUUGUUCUGAUUGUCCUGUUGUUCAAACCAUUGAGGAAUCAUUGCCACCGCAAGAAACUCAUCCUGUUACUUAGAAAUGCUUUUUAAGUUCUUAAAAUGCAUUACUUUUAUAA